UUGAAAUCAUAGAACAAAAUAUUUCCUGAAAUCAUUUUACGAGCGACUGUACAUAUAAAUAGCCCAAGCGGAAGUAAAUACCAAUCAUAUUAGCGUUUAACAUGUCCAUAGCCAGCCUAUAGUAUUGCUCCUCUCAAGGACGAUUUGCCCCUCUCGACCCACACUGAAAUAACAAAUCAUCCUGACUCUACAAAAAUGGCGUGGACAUUGAUGGCGACAGUGACUGUUUUCCUAGGCCUCGUCUCUGGAACUGUAGAAGGCCAAAGAAUCGGAAAUGGAAACGAAACGAAAGUCACACAUCACGUGACGUCCAAGAAUUUUCCACAGCCUUAUCCCCGGAACUCCCAUCAGCAAUGGAACUUCAGUAUGGAACACGGUCAGUGGAAAGUCAUUUUCAGGACAGUGGACAUCGAAAAGUCACGUCGCUGUCAAAAGGACUAUCUUCACAUUUACGACGGAGAAAACUCAAAACACCCUGAGAAAAUAUUAUGUGACAAACUUGAAAAUAUGGCAGACUAUGAGACGACACAUUCUUCCAUUCGGAUCGUUUUCCAUUCUGACGGAGCUGGCCAAGCCCAAGGAUUCGACAUGCAAGUUGUUCACAUUCCAAAUGAAGAUUACUUCACUCAACUUUUGCUGAAGAGACAUGCCCAAGCUGCCAAGAUAUCGUUCGUUCAAGUACAUUCAAGAAAUCCCCCAGUCCUGCACGUUCCUCUGACGGUUACAUUAGCGAUCUUGUUUUUAGUCCUGGUCGCCUUGGCCGUGUAUUUCGUCAUUAGCCUUAGGCGGAAAACGAGUCAAGCACAUGACACAAUUUCGGCUAUCAAACCACACCGACCUUCGACGACUUCAAGCAUUAAUUCCGGUCGGCGAUACACGCGCCAACUUAGUGCGGACAGUGACAACUUAUCCCAUUUCAUACCGGCGCCCAACAAACAGGAAGUUCGCAAUUAAUAUCACCUUAACAUUAAAUUGAUAUUGUUUGAUUUGACUUAGCGAGGAAUCGAUUGUGAUUAAAUCAAGGUUGAAAUGUCAAGAGUGGUUUGAAAUGACGUCAUUUUCAAACUUUGAGGUGUGUGUAAUUCGAUAAACCAUGUAUGUGCGUUACCAAGGCAACAGCAGCAUUUAUUGAUUUAUACGAAACUAUCACUGCGUUGUCUGUUCAGUGGUAUUUACAAUGUAGCUAUAUAAUGUAUUCAUAACGCUACUAGUUUUUAGGUAAAAAGUAAAUGUAUCUAUAAACAAUUCGGAUGUUUCCUAAAUGGAUAAGAUGAAAAAUAUAGUACCUGGAUUUUGCUACACCGUAGUUCAGAUAUGUAUAAACCGGAAACAGAGUUUGUUUCCGGUUUUUGAGGAGGAAGGACAAUUAUUCCUUGAAACGGAUAUAGAUUUAUUCACUACUUGUGACCAAUCAUUAGGCCUUUUCUAUAAUCAGGGAUUGGCAUAGAUAGUCAUCCCACCAAAACAUCAAUCUGACCAUGCGGUGGCAAACCAUGAUUUUUGUUUUUCAGUGAGGUAGCACUAUAAAUCGGCAAAAGUUCCGGUCUAUCACAAGGAGACUUAACACGAACAUACCGCAGCCUCCCAAAACACACAUACGCACUCGCCACACGCAUGCAUGUCGCACCCACGGGAGGCCGUCCUUAAAUGACCUUAGCUGUUAAUAGGACGUUAAACAAAAUAAACCAAACCAAACCAAACAUCUCGGAAAAUAAGCCAUGUCUUUCUACAGGGAAAACUAUCUCCAAAUUAAGACCGAUAUCUGCUAGUUUUUAUAAAAUCGUAGUCUUGGGGGAAACUGCGACAUUCAUCAUAUUUAUACAUAUGAUGAUACAUUAUACAAUGUAUGAUAAGUGAUGUUUGAUCUUUUAUAAGCAGCGUUCGGGAAAUAAGCAAGGAAUCCUUACUUAAGGAUAAUAAACGGUGGCUUAUUUUCAUGGCUCGAUGAUAUCUUAUAGAAUACUAACGUAUUUGGUAUUAGAAUUGUUAAAAGUUAUUUAUGCUAGCGAUGCACACCGUUUUAUAUUUAUGUACCUUCAAAUAAUACUUGAAAUUUAGUGUGAGAGUGCUCUCCCUUUUAACAAUGCCUAUAUAUAUCUCAUAAGGUACAAUAGAUCAAGAUCAUUACUACAUCAACGUGUGCUUUAAUUUCCAUCUACAUACGUCAUCAAUUCUUGUGUGUCACGUGCAUCGAAGAUACUAAAAUAAAAUUUGUCAUCAGUUAUUAUGCACAUUUAUUUUUGUUACUUCAUUCGAGCCUACAUUACAAAAUUACUAUGGUAGGAUUAUGGAAAGAGCUGCAUGAAAAGGCAAGACACAUGAAGCAAUUUUUCAAUAAGGUCUAAUUCUUCAUCCAUUGUGCUUUGUUUUGUUGUUGUGGUAUUAAAUUGUUGAAAACAUUUUAGAUUGAAACUGUCCUAUUUUGAGUACUUAAGGCGGUGGGAUCUUUAUCAGAAUCUGUAUACACCUCGAUAAUGAUGUAGGGAACAUGGAAAUUUGUUCAAUCCGGUAACCAUUUCAUUGGUGGACAAAGAACCAUGUGUCCACGGUAGCAAUGUAACAUUCUUACGGAUUGGUGUCGGGUAAAAAGGCGGUUCUGUUAUCAUUUCUAGAGUACUUAGGACGAUCGGAUCAGGUCAGAAUUCGUGUGCAUGUCGAGGCGGAUAGGGUGAACACAGAAAUUUGCUCAUUACAUUAACCAUUUUAAUGGUGGACAAGAAAACAUUUGUCCGCGGCAGCAUUGUUACAUUCUUAGGAAUGGUGCCUAGGUAAAAGGCGGUUCUGUCAUUAUUUCUAGAGUACUUGCCCACUAUUAGAAUGGUUAUUGGUCAGUCAAAAUGCAUUUCUUGAGUUUGGAUACAGUCUUCUGUGCCUCUACAACAGGACAGGGAGGUUUCAAGAAUAGAUUAAUAUGUUGUAAGAAACAAAAUUAAGUGGCAAUCGAUACGUUUACUUUGAUAUAAGAUUGCUGAUGGGUCUUUAUCAUGGAAUAUAUAAUAAGAUGGCAAAUGUAUUUUGUUGAAUAAAAGGAAUCAUUGCUAA